AUGUCUACUCACUACACUUCCGUGGGCUACUCCAUGCCUCUGCCCGUUCCCUCCAAGGGCUCCCACUACCCCACCUACAGCCAAUAUUCCGUCUCGCCUCCGGAAUGUGACGAAUCGGUUAGCUCCGCCUCGGGCAUCCCCUCUUACAGCAACGGUGGAUACUCGGCCACUUCGUCCGGCUACGCUGGCGGAUACGGCGACUACGAUAGCACCAACUCGGCCAGCGGCGUCGACUUCCAGGAGUACAUGCAGGACCGCUUCGCCAACUCGUUUGACCCCAUCCCCCUGGACCGCAGCAUGGCCAUGCAGGCUCAGACAUCCGGAAAGUUGAACGCCAAGCACCGAGAGCUCAUGGAGCUGCAGAAGAAGGCGCAAGCUCGUCUGGCCAAGACCCGCGAGCGCUUCCAGGAGGGCAUGCGAGAUGCUCAUGAGGUCCGCAGCGAUCUCGAGUGGACACAGAAGAAGGUCGGAUCUCUCAAGUCCAAGGCCUCGCGAAAGCACACCAAGGAGUACAGCAAGGCUCGUGCGCGAUACCCUUCCCCCGAGAACUAGGGGGUUUCAGGGGUUCGUUUUGAGCCGCAACUCAACGACAACUUCACACCAAAAUUUUGCUUUAGCAAGCGAGCGACCUUCGUUUUCACCCACCAACUCACCACAAAUUUCGCACAUACCACGUGGUUUCGCUGCAUCUGCAGGAACCCGAGACGACCGGAUUUUCAGGAUUUUGUACUGCAAGUCUUCUUUUUUUGACUUUUUGCCUUGAACUUGUCACGCCACAAGCUUUUCCCGACCUGCAUGAACGGGUAGUUCAUGCGAGGCGAGGAUGAGGUGACGUUAAAACCGGGGGCACUAGGCGCGGCAAAUCGCACCGCUAGACGCGAGAUCUCUUGCUGCUUUUAUCAGAACGAACAGGGCGGGCGUGUGGGCAGCUUUUGGCCCUGACACGCCUGACCCGCGGAUUCUGGAAAAGGUGUGGGGGAGACGAGAGAGGGGGAGAGCGAAAAUGGGCGGCUGUUUCACGACUUUAUGGCUUAUGAUUGGACGACCUGGGUGUUCUAGGGGCAGAUGUUAAAAGUACACCACCUCCCUGGAGUCUGUGGGGGUGCCAGGGGACGGCGUCAGCAAGACUGGCAGCAAGACAUGAUGUGUCGGCUCCGAUCGCUGCAGGGACGACGUGUUUGGGAACGUGUUC